CCACCUCAGUAAGAGUGGGGCGUAGUAGUAAAAAGCUGCCGAAGAAGAAGGCGAUUAAGAUGGCGGCUUGUGCCGCGCAGGGACUCUCCCCCCGCACCCAGCUCCUGUGAAGAGGGAGGAAGCCGCCAGAGCCCCCGCCGCGUCCUCCGCUCACUCCCCCUCCAUUUUCCCGCCUCGCUCUCAUCCAGGUUCUCGUCCUCCUCGCUGUCCGGCCGCGGGCCCGGCACAAUGGGGGUGCAGGGCUUCCAGGAGUUCCUGGAGAAGCGAUGCCCGGGGGCCGUGGUGCCCGUUGACUUACUGAAGUUGGCCCGGACGGUGGCCCGGCAGCAGCACCGCGCGGGCCUGUCACCCGGGGGAUACCCGCCAGCCGCGCUGCCCCCUGGCCCACCACAGCCCCCCUCCCCGGCGGGGCCCCCUAAUCCUCCCCCCUGCCGGGUCCUGGUGGACGCGGACUCUGCCCUCCAGCGGCUCUAUGGCGGCUACCAGACAGACUGGGUGUGCGGGGGCCAGUGGAACGCCAUGCUGGGCUACCUGGCGGCGCUGUCCCAGGCCUGUCUCUACCAGGGCGGCCUGGAGCUGGUGGCCAUGUUCAACGGCACGCUGGCCAAAGAGAGGUUACCCGAGUGGGCCCGGCGGGCGCAGGGCGAGCGGCAGACGGCCCAGCUGAUUGUCAGCCACGUUGGAACAAGGGCACCCCGCCCCCCCCGGGCCUGGUUCCUGCCGCCCGCCUGCCUGGCGCACUGCAUUCGCCUGGCCAUGAUCCGGUUCAGAGUGAAGGUGUUUCAGAGUCUGGAGGAUCAUCACCUGGAAGUGGUAUCCUUCUUUCGGGAGAACGGAUUUAAUGGCCUCAUUGCUCAUGACUCUGAGUACGCUCUGUGUAACAUCCCUGCUUACUACAGCUCGCACGCCCUCAAGCUCAGCUGGAACGGGAAGAAUCUCACUACCAACCAGUUUCUAAUGCAAGAGGUGGCAAAACAGCUGGGCCUCAAGAUGAGCACCUUCCCCAUCUUCGCUGCCCUUUUGGGUAAUCAUAUUCUUCCUGAUGAGGACUUGGCCGCAUUUCAUUGGAGUUUGCUGGGACCAGAUCAUCCACUGGCUUCACUCAAGGUCCGUGCACACCAGCUUGUCUUGCCACCGUGUGACGUGGUUAUAAAAGCCGUCUCUGAGUACGUGGCCACUAUUAAAGACGCUUCUAAUCUAGAUGCCGUGGGGAAGGAGAUAUUCAGACACUCACAGUCCAGGACAGAAGAUAAGAUUGAGCGGUUUAAAAAGGCCGUGGAAUAUUACUCGGUCACCAACAAACAGUGGCCUCUCUAUCUCAAUCCUUCUUUUGUCGUUGCAGGAUUUGGGCCCAAUCAGUUCGGAGUUCCCCCUCUACCACACAACCAAAUGGGAGGAGUACCUAUUGGCAAGCCUAUGUUCGGACACCAGAUGCCCGCAAAGCUGCAGUAUCAGCACCACGCAUUUCCUCCCGGCCCCAACUCGGGCUUUGUGUUUCCGCCUCACCACAUGGGUGACUUCUCUCACUUCCAUGAUGACAACCUUCUGAAAGGGGGCCAGUUUUCUGGCUGGUCUCUCCCAUAUGACACGACCGGUUCCAAGUUCCACAAUCAUUUGAUUUUGAAGCCUUCUCCUUCAUCAGGCCAGGAAUCUUCACCUUCCUCAUCCUCUGAUGAAGACCAGAAUGGCGCCGCAUCCAAUCAUGUGACAGAUUCCCGUCAGCAUAAGACUAACUGGGAGGAAUCCUCUGGUGACAAACUAUCCCACAACUGGGGCCACCAGACAGGUGGUGGAGAGACUGGCCAGAACAUGGGGCACAAUGAAUCCCAGAUUCCAUCAUUGUUGUCCAUGGCGACACGGAACCACAUGGACAUCACCACUCCACCUCUACCUCCAGUGGCCCCCGAAGUCUUACGGGUGGCAGAACACAGACAUCGCCGUGGUCUUAUGUAUCCAUACAUUUACCAUGUCCUUACCAAGGGUGAGAUUAAACUGCCUGUUUGCAUAGAGGACGAGUGCAAUGCAGACCUUCCUCCUGCUGCCAUCCUCUUCCGCCCAGCUCGUCAGUAUGUAUAUGGGGUCCUUUUCAGCCUUGCUGAGACCCAGAGGCGCCUGGAGCGACUAGCCAUGCGUCGUCGCCUGCCUGUGGACAUUCCACCAGUGAUCAUCAAGGAAUGGUCCGCCUAUAAAGGAAAGUCUCCUCAAACACCAGAGCUGGUGUCAGCAUUGACCUUUAGAGAAUGGACCUGCCCCAAUCUGAAGAAACUAUGGCUCGGCAAAGCUGUAGAAGACAAGAACCGCAGAAUGAGAGCCUUCCUGGCAUGUAUGAAGUCAGAUACCCCCAGCAUGCUUAACCCAGCCAACGUCCCCACUCAUCUCCUCCUGAUGUGCUGCGUACUACGGUAUAUGAUGCAGUGGCCGGGAGGAAGGAUAUUACUGAGGCAUGAGCUGGAAGCCUUCUUAGCCCAAGCUGUAUCUUCUCAACUGUAUGAGCCAGACCAACUUCAAGAGCUCAAGAUUGAAAAACUAGAUGCUCGUGGAGUGCAACUGGCAGCUCUUUUCAUGAGUGGGGUGGACACUGCACUCUUUGCCAAUGAUGCCUGUGGCCAGCCUGUACCUUGGGAACAUUGCUGUCCUUGGAUUUACUUUGAUGGGAAGCUUUUCCAGAGCAAGCUAAUCCGGGCUGGCCGCGAGAAGGUCCCAUUAAUUGAGCUUUGUGAUGGCCAGGCAGAGCAGGCAGCCAAAGUGGAGAAGAUGAGACAGAGCAUCUUGGAGGGGAUCAAUUUCAAUCGCCAACCACCUCCACCUCUUCUUCCGCCGCCACCAUUUAUGCCCCCUAUGAUGCCACCGUUUUACCCUGUACCUCUGUAUCCUAGAGCCAUGGGUUCCAUGCCCCCACCUCCUCCUGGAAGAAACAGAGGCUUUUCAGGCGUUCAUCCAAUCCCCCCACAAGGAGGCAAGUUGGAGAUUGCGGGUAUGGUUGUAGGACAGUGGGCCGGAAGUAAACCUUCCCGAGGUCGGGGAGCUUUUGGCAUGCAAGUUGUCUCUGUUGGGGGUCCAGGAAAAGGACGUGGAAGAGAUAACAACUCAGUUAAUAAAGUGACAAAAACAAACAAAAAAGUGAACAAACAGGGAUCGACAGAAGGCCGUAGCCCGUCCCAUGUGAAUGGGAACGGUGGAAACGCAGUCACCGAGGAAGAAUCCAGCCCUCAAACCGUAGCAUGUGCCUUACCCAGAGAAUGCAGUGAGCCUUGCAGCAAUGGAAACACCCCUCACUUCACAGGAAUGAGCAGCGAAGGCGCGGACAACUGCCGUGACGAAAAGUUGGGUCCAGCAGCCCUCCAGAAGGAGGAGUGAGCAGUGCAGGGCAAACCUGGAGGAGGAGAGUAUGAUAGGGAGGCACAGACACCCCGUCACCCCUUUAAAACUACAACAUGCAGUCCCUCUGCACACAUACUUAACCAAAAUCUUCUAUGGUGCUCUGUCAAGGUCUACUGUGGUGCCCACAUACAUUGUCCUCCGUGCUAAUGGACCUUCUGCCUAGCACGAGGGCAUAUAUGAAAACACUGAUUCAGUAUGAUCCCGGUUCUGACGCAAGUAUGUGACUUGCGUCUUAUUUCUACCAACCCAUAUAGUACAGAAGCCAUGAGUUCUGGUUUGUGACGUAUAUUGCAAUGCUGCUAGUUGUUCCUGUCCAUAGAAGGAAUGAAUUGCAAUAUAUAGAGCGUCUCCGCCACAGGAUACUACUGUGAUGAAGCAGAGCUUAUAGUGUUCUGCUUCCGGACUAGGAGAAAGGUGAUCUAUACUGACUGACUCUCAGUACUGAGUCGUGCCUCCCUGCCUCACACUCCUCCUCCUAUUAUCCUCCUGCCAGACUACCCGAUCCUGUAGAUAAUGUGGGACUUUUUGUCAGAAUUUUAUUAAUAUUAUUUUUUAUAUGUACAUAUAUAUAUAAAAAUAUAUAUAUAUAUAAAUAUGGCCUUUGUACAAAGGGGACAUUCAGGAAAGAGGACUGUCAUGGGCAGAUUUUUCCUGCCUUCCGAUAAGGUCAAGCCUGUGUUUUAUGCUGGGUCAUUUCAAUUGCUACCGGGAAAAAAAUAAAUCCUCCAUUUCUUUCAUACCUUUUGGGGCAAUAUUAGCCAUAUAUAACGCUGGUGAGAUCACGUGCCCUCCGCACCCACUCCUGCCGUCAGUGGCACCUCCGGACGUGGCUGCGUACCUUCAUUUCCUAGCAGGCUCCUAUAUCAUGAUACGUUGCAGAUUGUUCCAACCACUCGUAUAGUCUUUGCUCCAAAGUUUGGAGGAAAUGGAGCAGAGAAGGGUUCAACUCUCCAUUUUAGCCCACUGGUAGCAAAUGGAAUAACCCCGCUAGGCAGGGGAGCCUCGCACACAUUGCUUGACGUCACAAAAGGUGAAACCUCAUGGCGAAGACGUACUGUGAAUGAUUGUAUGUGCAUAACAGCGUCUGCCGCGGAUCCGUGCCGGGUACGCACCUAGGACUCGUCUGACAGGGCUCACUGUGUAUAUUGUGAAUAUGCAUACGUUUGUGCACAGACUUUAUGUACAGAGAGAGGCAGAGAGAGAUCUAUUUAUGUAACCUAUAAAUAUAUAUUUAGUUAAAAAGCCACAUUUGCAUCCUAAGCAGAACCAGUAUUCCUUCGAGAACGCUGCCGCUGCUGGGGGGAGGUUUGUGGUGAGUCUGAACUGUACUCCGGACGUGUAAUUCACUAGAACAGGAGAGGGCAGAUUUAGCUCUCGUGUCCAGCGCUCCAUUUUUUUGGAAUCCUCGCUUGGCGCCCACCUCUCCAAAACUAACGAAAAAUGACAAUUUUUUUUUCUGUUACUCUUGUUGAUGAAAGAAACACCCCGACACCCAUCGGCUUUUUCUUGGUUUGAUGGGCUCGCAGCCUGUUGCUCUGCACCCGUCACUAGAAAUAUAGGAACGACUUCCCUUUUUUCCCAGUAGGGAACGAUCUUAAAAUUCCAAAGUCCUUCCUCCCAUCUUUUAAGUUGUCUUUGUGUGAUUCUCUGAGCUCAGACUAUGGGCAGCGUCUUGCAUCCAGUGAGAGGGGACUGUUCGGUGGGAAGUCUACUUUCACACUGGCGUUUUGGCUUUCCGUUUGCGAGAUCCGUUCAGGGCUCUCACACAGCGGUCCAAAACGGAUCAGUUUGCAUUCUGAAUGGAAAAGGAUCCGCUCAGAAUGCAUCAG